AUGGUGAAGAAGAAUGAAGAAGAACUCCUUGACACGUUGGCGGUUAUUGAUGGCUAUAUUCGCAAACAAAACAUACGUAAGUUGACGGAAGAGGAGGGACACAUUUUCCAGAAAAUAAGGAUCUCAACUCAAAAGUUGCUGCCUGAAGGUGCAAUCAAAAGCAUGGAAGCUCCAGAUGAGAAGCCACUUCGAUAUACUUGGGCCUUUAGUCAAGUUUCAAAAGGUCGGGCCUUGGAAAGGUUUAAGGUAGAAUAUAACAAGCUUCAUCCUGUUCAAAAACGUUGCUUUUUGUCUCUCUUACAUUUGCCCGAAAGUGUUAUAAAGAAAAUGAAUAUAAUUCUCUGGUGGAAUGGACUGGGUUUGGUGGAAAAUACAACAGAGCAAACAGGAGAGAAAAAUGGCGAGGAUGUGUUUGAAGUGUUGGUGGAUUAUGGAGUAAUUGUUCGAGUUAAUUUUAACAGUUAUCCAGAGAUUAGUAAAUGUAAAAUUCAUCCUCGGGUUCGUCCAGUGUCGGUGAGACAUAAAGUUAAACUCAGUGAUGGGUUUUCUAACCAUUGUAAAGCUGUUUAUAUUGUUGGUGCGAGUUAUUUUAAUCUUGGACCCCAAUGGAUGGCCAAAAUGGAACAUUUGGAGGUGCUUAAACUUGGUCGUUGGCUGCAUGGUUCACCAAAACAUGUUGAAGUGGAGAGUGAAGAAUUCCUGAAGCAGUUAGGGAAUCAAAAGCAUUUGAGGCAUCUUAGCUUUUGUGGGAUAUCAUCAAAAUCUGUGCUGCCACGCUCCAUUCUUAAACCUGAGAGUCUAGAAACUCUAGAUCUCAAAGCUUGUCAUUAUCUAGAAACAUUACCUGAUAAUAUUGCUUCAUUGAGAAACCUCAGACAUUUGAAUUUGUCUCAAUGCUACUUGUUGGACAGAAUGCCCAAGGGGAUUUAG